AGAAAUUUCAGUCAUUGUACUGUUGAUAUUUGGCUCUGUUGACUAAUGAGUUUGCUGACCACUGGGCUAGUGGGUAGAUAAUGAUAAAGUAUUAAUAUGAUCUGGGUAAUGAUACAGAAAACAUAGGUGGUGUGGAAGCUUGUGGCUCAGGACUGAAUCUUGGAAAAGUACAAUUUAAGCUGAGUCCUAAGUAGGUAAAGAAAGGGAAGAGACUGUUCCCAAAGGAGACCCCAGCAUGAAGGAGGGUUCAGAGGGCAGCAGGAUGUAGGAGCUGCCAUCUGUGCAGCUGAAACCACCAUGACUGGUGGGAGCACGGCGAAGAAAAGAGGUUUGGGCAAGGCUUGCAUUUGAUCCUCAGGGAAAUGAGAGGUCCCUGAAGGGUGUGUAGGAGGGAAGUGACAUGGUCAGAUUUUGAUUUAGUCUGGUUGUGCAAAGAAUGGGUCAAGGGUGAGAGGAGUGAAGGCAGGGACAUAAGAUAAAAUGCUGAUCAAUUGAAUGUGAUGAUUUGUCUGGACCGAGGUGGUGGCCUUGGAGAUGUAGAUGGUUAGAAGACUGAGUGGACACAGUUUGGUGAUGGCUUGGAUGUGGGGCAUCUUGGAGAAGGGUGAUGAUCAGGUGCCUGGAAUAGAGCCGUGGGAAGCACUUCCUCGCCCAGGAGCCCCUUGAAGGACACACCGUAGAUGCAGGAAGACGUUGGGUGAGGACAGCCCAGCUGAAGUGAGGCACCCAGGACAGAGCAUGGCUGUGGCCCGGGAGUCCCAGGCCCAGGUGUCUCCCCAACCGGAGCUCGAAGAACUCCUGAUUGUGAAACUGGGGGAGGACGCAUGGAGAUCAGAAUCCAGACCUCGGGAGGAGGACCAUGGCCCUGUCCCUGGCCCCGAGGCCUCCCGCCAGCGCUUCAGGCAGUUCCGGUACAGGGAUGCCUCGGGACCGCACGAGGUCUUCAGCCAGCUCUGGGCGCUCUGCUGUCGCUGGCUGAGGCCAGAGAUCCGCCUCAAAGAGCAGAUUCUGGAGCUGCUGGUGCUGGAGCAGUUCCUGACUAUCUUACCCAGGGAGGUCCAGGCCUGGGUGCAGGCGCGCCACCCUGAGAGCGGCGAGGAGGCGGUGGCCCUGGUGGAGGAUUGGCACCGAGAGGCCCGGGCUGCAGGGCAUCGGGAACUGGGAUUGUGUGAAGAGACCCGCCCCUUGAAGGCAAUGCGGGAACCUCGGUGCUUUCAGCAGCAGUCAGCACAGCACUGGCCCGAGAGACCACCCCAGAGGCAGUGGGUGAGGAAUCCGUGCCCCGCCCUUCCCAAGCAUCUCAACUCCAAGAUGGCGCCCCAGGCCUUGGAAGAGAGUGCUGUCCUCACUCCCCGAGUCCUUACUCUCACAAAGAUGGGGAGCGUUGGAGAUUGGGAGGUGACAGCUGAGUCCCAGGAAGCCCAGGGCCCUGGCAGACGUGCCAAGAAGGAGUUUCGCAAGGAGCCCCCAGGAGACAACCGUGGGAACGGCAUGUCCCUGGGAGUUCUAGUUUCAAAACCAGAUAUCAUCUCCCAACGAGAGCAAGAGCCAGAAUUCUGGGGUCCGAGUCGUAUAAAUUCCGGAAAAAGGCACACUGCAGAUUACAGCCUGGAUAAUGAGCAGAUAAAACCAGCCCCAGCUCCGGUCUGGAGGGACUCUAAGGCCUGGGAGGAACAGUACCAAUGGGACGUGGAGGACAUGAAGGUGUCGGGCGUGCAUUGGGGCUAUGAAGAGACCAAGACGUUCCUGGCCAUUUUGAGUGAGUCUCCUUUCUCUGAAAAGCUCCGGACUUGUCACCAGAACCGACAGGUGUACCGGGCCAUCGCAGAGCGGCUGAGGGCACGAGGCUUCCUGCGGACACUGGAGCAGUGUCGCUACAGGGUCAAAAACCUCCUCCGGAACUACCGGAAAGCCAAGAGCAGCCACCCACCGGGGACCUGCCCCUUCUAUGAGGAGCUGGAGGCCUUGGUGAGGGCUCGGACGACCAUCAGAGCCACAGAUUGCCCAGGAGUGGCUGUGGCACUCCCCAGGCUGGGGGACAGUGAUGCAGAGAUGGAAGAACAAGAGGAUGGGAACUGGGAGCAAGAGGAAACGGCAGAAGACUGUAAUGGUGAUGACCUGGCCACUGGCGAGUCUGUCCAGGGGCCCAGGAUUUCAAGGGGUCCAGCUCUAUUCCAAAGUCGUGUUGCAGGCGUGCACUGGGGCUACGAGGAGACCAAGGCCUUCCUGACCAUCCUCAGUGAGUCCCCAUUCUCUGAAAAGCUUCGCACCUGUCACCAGAACAGUCAGGUGUACCGGGCCAUCGCAGAGCGGCUGUGUGCACAGGGCUUCCUGCGGACACUGGAGCAGUGUCGCUACAGAUUCAAAAACCUCCUUCGAAGCUACCGGAAAGCCAAGAGCAGCCACCCACCAGGGACAUGCCCUUUCUAUGAGGAGCUGGACUCACUGGUGAGGGCGCGGACUGCAGUCAGAGCCAUGGGGAACAUCAGAGAGGUAGCAGGUCUUCCUACGUCUGGGUGGAGCAGUACAGAGGCUGACGACCAGGAGGCCUGGGAUGAGAUGGCAGAUGAAAAUGUCAUCAAACCUCCAACCCCAUGUCCUAAAACCCCACACACUGGUUUUGAGAUGAGUCAUGAGGAUGAAGGCCAGAGUUCAGAGCAGGAUAUUUUUGAGGAUUUGCCUGGAGUGUUAUCAAAAUGUCCUCCAGAAGUUGUUUGCCACCCUAAUGAUUGGGAGGAAGACAGCGAACAUGAAAAUGAAAAUGAAGAGCAGGCAGGAAAUCCACCACAGGAAAGGUGGGAUGAAUGUUCUUCUGAAGAGGACGUGGAAAAACUUAUUGACCAUCAAGGUCUGUACCUUGCAGAGAAACCCUACAAGUAUGACACAUAUGUGAAAAGCUUCAGUCGGACCUCCCACUUCAUUGCUCACCAGUGGACACACACAGGUGAGAAGCCCUACAAAUGCCUCAAAUGUGGGAAAAGCUUUAGUGAUCACUCUAAUCUUGUCACCCACCAGAGAAUUCACACAGGGGUAAAGCCCUAUAAAUGUGGGGCAUGUUGGAAAAGCUUCAACCAGAGCUCAAAUCUUUUGAAACAUCAGAGGAUCCACUUGGGAGGAAAUCCUGACCAUUGUAGUGAGCCUGGGGAAAACUUUGACCAAAGCCCAUCCUUUAAUGCUCACUGGAGGAACCUGACAGAGGAGACAACUCCUGAACAACCUAAAAGUGCCAGUAAGAACUUGGGUUCUCCUGGACCAUACAGCACCAACUCAGAGGAGAAAUUUUAUCCAUGUUCUGAGUGUGGAAGAACCUUUUCCAAGAGCUCUGCCCUCAUUAGUCACCAAAGAAUCCAUACAGGAGAGAAACCAUAUGAAUGUGCUGACUGUGGGAAAAGCUUCAGUAAGAGCUCCACCUUGGCUAACCACCAGAGAACCCACACUGGGGAGAAGCCAUAUAAGUGCAUAGAUUGUGGGAAGUGCUUCAGUGAACGCUCUAAGCUCAUCACACACCAGAGAGUGCACACAGGAGAGAAGCCCUACAAAUGCCUCGAAUGUGGAAAAUUCUUCCGUGACCGUUCUAAUCUGAUUACUCACCAGAGGAUUCACACGGGAGAGAAGCCUUAUAAGUGUAGAGAGUGUGGGAAAUGCUUUAACCAGAGCUCCAGUCUCAUUAUUCACCAGAGAAUCCACACUGGAGAAAAACCCUACAAGUGCUUGGAGUGUGGCAAAGACUUCAACAACAGCUCUCACUUCAGUGCCCACCGGAGAACCCAUGCAGGAGGGAAAGCGUCAUAGAAGACAACUCCCCUCCACAACAAAAGAGAUAAAUGUGUAUUUAUAUCUCCCAAGAUUAUAAGAUGUAUGGCAGAAAGAAAUAUCCCCAGUUUUUAAGCUUGGUGUGUACCAGGGAAGUUCUCUUGAUAUAAUCCAGGUAAUUUGGAAGCGAAUUACAAAUGCUAAGGAUCCA